CUGAUGCUCCCUGAGCCUCCUGACCACGCCCUCACCUGGGGUGCGGAGCUGACAGGGCUCCCUCUGUGACGUCACAAGGGCCCCCGCCAUGCCUCUGGCCUUGACCCUGCUGCUGCUCUCGGGCCUGGUGGCCCCCGGAGGCUGGGGCUGCCUGCAGUGCGACCCCUCGGUGCUGGAGGCCCUGAGUCACCUGCACUCCGCCCUCAUCCCCAGUCGCUUCCAGUUGGAGCAGCUGCAGGCCCGCGCCGAGGCCGUGCUGCUGGGCAUGGAGGGGCCUUUCUUCCGGGACUACGCGCUGAAUGUGUUUGUGGGGAAACUGGAGAGGAAUCAACUGGACCCUGUGGCAUCUUUUGUCAAGAACCAAACGCAGGACUUAAUGGGUAACUCUCUGAAAGAUGAGCCUCUGCUGGAAGAGCUGGUGACCCUUAGGGCAAAUGCGAUCCAAGAACUCAAGAAAGUUUUAAGAUCAUAUGAAUUAAAAGCCUGCAACGCCAAAAUUUGCCGCUUGCUAAAAGAAGAGGUGUUGGACUGUUUACAUUGCCAGAGGAUCAGUCCCAAGUGUAUCCACGAAAAGUACUGCUUUGUCGACAGACAACCCCGCGUGGCCCUGCAGUACCAGACGGAUGGCAAACACCCGAGGAACCAAGCUCUGUUGGGCACCCUCAUUUCUGUGUCUCUGGCUCUCUUUUUCUUCGUGGUCAUCGUGGUCUCGGCUUGUACAUACAGGCAAAACCGAAAACUCCUGCUGCAGUAGGACGGUGUUUGGGGUUUGUACUGAGAAAGAAAAAUACAUUUAAUAAAAUUGAUGACAAUCAUCAAUGUCUCUCUCCGUUU